AUGCUCCCUUCGCAAAAAGAUAUCCUCUUCUCAGGCGACGUCUUCGUUCGCGACGAUGGCCACGUCGACCGCGACUUCGAAACACAGCAUCUCGGCUGCUUCACCGGCGGCAUGUUCCUACUAGGCGGACAAACCUUCGGCAUCGCCGACCACGUCCGCACAGGGCUGGCGUAUUCCGCCAUCAAAGAUGUCAGGGUGAUGGAUGAGACGGAGAAGGAGGACUCUAUGGAGCUUGACUCGAUUAUCGAGAACCCUAUCUUCAUCCGCCCAGAGCAUGUGGCAGCAGAGCCCACCAAGCUAAUCGCCAAGAAGCGUGGCAUGUCGUUUUCCGGAGGCGACAUCACCGUGUGGAGUAAAGACUCCGAGGCCGACGCGGAGUCUCAUGAUGAUAAUGACAAGCCCCCGCCGUCGUACAUUUGCAAGGGCAAAGCAGCCUCAUGGACGCAGAAACGUACCGUGUCAGACGCUGCAGGCCUUGCCCUGUUCGAGAUAUGCCGCAAGUCGACCGGGGUAACGUGGUUCGCCCGUGUGCCCGGCCACGACAGCCAGGCGGGCGACAGACCGCUCGUCACACUGGCCAUGGAGAGGAGCGCCUUCCAUGACAAGUUCGACGUUUGUGUCCACGGCGGAAACGGCAACGACUUGCGGCUGAAAGUCCGCGGCCAGGACACCUGGAAGCUGCGCACGAACGUGUACUGGGGCGACAAGGUGGUAAUGACGACGAAGAGGCAGGGGAAGCUUGAUAUUUACGUCCCCGGGAAAAGCCUUGACAUGAAGAAAUCCUCGUCUACUGGAGUGGCCACCGGGGCUGCGAUUGGUGCUGGCGCUGGCGCAGCUGGAGGGGCGGCGGCGUAG